GGUGCAGUGGAUAGCUUAGUGUAGUAACAACAUUAAUUGGUGUGUCGGGCAGCGGGCCUCAUCUUCACAUGGCGCCCAAGCGGGCUGCCUCUACAGCUUUCACCCCUGCGCCUGCUCCAGGCUCGACUCCCACAAAGCGUCCUAGGCGAGCGAGACCGGGAGAAGGCGAAGACGAGGAGCUGAACUACGAGCUCUAUUCAGACGAAGAAGAUGAUGUGAAUGAAAGCGCUUCGAAGUCUUUGGUGCCACGGUCUGCCACGAUCAAUCUCGCUGCACUCACGAGAAAGCUUGCCGCUCAAGCCAACAAACAGAGGUCCGAUGCUGUUUCGCACCUUUUUGAUCAGCAAGAUUACAGCUUUCUAUCUCUGCGGACGGACCAUCAACACAGACCUUUCUGGAUCAGUCCGGAUGACGGGCACAUCAUCUUGGAAGGGUUUUCACCCAUCGUGGAGCAGGCUCAAGACUUUCUUACAGCGAUUGCUGAGCCUGUUAGCAGGCCUGCCCUCAUCCACGAGUACAAAAUUACCUCAUAUUCUUUGUAUGCUGCUGUCUCCGUUGGUCUAGAAACUGAGGCCAUUAUCGAAGUCCUCAAUCGUUUGUCGAAAGUCCCUGUUCCCGAAUCUAUUGUCAAGUUCAUUCGCGAAUGCACCUUGUCAUAUGGCAAAGUAAAACUGGUGCUAAAGCACAACAAGUAUUACAUUGAGUCGUCGUAUCCUGAGGUCCUACAGACUUUACUCAAGGACUCAACUAUCCGAGAUGCAAGAGUCCAGCCAGGCGCAACGGAGAGUGAGAACAUGAGUGGGAACGGUCUCCUCACUACCAAAGCACCCCAGAAGGGUAAUCUCGUUAUUGCUGGCACAAAGGCAACCGAGCAACCCGCAUCAGCUCCCAAAUCCGAUGAUUUAUUCGCGUCUGUGGUCGGGGUUGCCAAUGACGAAGUCGAGGAAGAUGACGAAAACGUGCACUCGUUCGAGAUCUCUGACAAGUUGAUUGAUGGGGUGAAACGUCGAUGCAACGAAUUGGAAUACCCUAUGUUAGAGGAAUACGAUUUCCAUAAUGACACCAUCAACGCCAACUUGGACAUUGACCUCAAACCCACCACCAACAUCCGACCAUAUCAAAUCAAGUCCUUAAGCAAGAUGUUUGGUAAUGGGCGUGCGCGCUCCGGCAUCAUUGUGCUUCCAUGCGGUGCCGGAAAGACUUUGGUGGGGAUCACAGCAGCCUGUACUAUCAAGAAGAGCUGUUUGGUCCUUUGCACUUCGUCCGUUUCCGUGAUGCAAUGGCGUCAGCAAUUUCUACAGUGGACCAAUGUUACCGAUCGCCAAAUUUGCGUUUUCACUGCUGAGCAAAAGGAGAAGUUCGCUGGCGAUAGUGGUAUAGUCGUGUCUACAUAUUCCAUGGUGGCCAAUAGUGGAGUGCGCUCCCAUGACUCAAAGAAAAUGAUGGACUUCUUAACGUCACGCGAGUGGGGGUUUAUUCUCCUGGACGAAGUGCAUGUAGUGCCCGCUACGAUGUUCCGGAAAGUUGUGUCCACCAUCAAAGCUCAUUCAAAGUUAGGUCUCACUGCCACCCUGGUUCGUGAGGAUGACAAAAUCUCUGAUUUGAACUACAUGAUCGGGCCCAAGCUGUAUGAAGCGAACUGGAUGGACUUGGCGGCCAAAGGCCAUAUUGCGAAUGUGCAGUGCGCCGAAGUAUGGUGCCCCAUGACUCCGGAAUUCUAUAGUCAGUACCUGGAAGAGCAAAGUCGGAAGCGUAUGCUUCUGUACUGCAUGAACCCAAAGAAGUUCCAAGCGUGUCAAUUCCUGAUCAAAUACCAUGAGGACCGUGGCGACAAGAUCAUAGUGUUUUCGGAUAACGUGUAUGCACUAGAGAUGUUUGCCCGGAAGCUUGGAAAACUAUACAUCCACGGGGGGACGCCGCAGGCUGAGCGGAUGCGUGUGCUUCAGCAUUUCCAGCAUAGCCCCGAAGUGAACACGAUUUUCUUGUCGAAGGUCGGAGACACGUCGAUCGAUUUGCCUGAAGCUACGUGUCUGAUUCAAAUAUCGUCGCACUUCGGUUCGAGGCGGCAAGAGGCCCAACGUCUUGGCCGUAUCCUCCGUGCAAAGCGUCGCAAUGAUGAGGGCUUCAACGCAUUUUUCUAUUCUUUAGUGUCCAAGGACACUCAGGAAAUGUAUUUCAGCUCUAAACGUCAACAGUUCCUGAUCGAUCAAGGAUACUCAUUCAAAGUCAUUACCCACCUGCAUGGGAUAGACUCAUAUCCUGACUUGGUCUAUAAAACUCGCCAAGAGCAACUGGAGCUUCUGAGCUCCGUGAUGCUUGCCCAGGCCUCUGCGGCAGAUUUUGGGACUGACAUUAAAGGUGGUGCCGAUGAUCUUCCUGGUUCUGUCACAUCGAAAGAUUUCGGUGCCCCGAACGUGAUAAGGACUGCCGGUAGUAUGGCUGGUCUUAGCGGUGGUAGUACGAUGAGUUACAUGGAGACGAAGAAGAGCGCCAAUCGGACUCUGAACAAGGAUAAUGGGUUCAAGCAUGCUCUAUUCAAGAAACGGGAUCAAGUAAUUAAAGACGCCAGGAAAGCCGCGGCUGCAAGUGCAGGGAAAUAGUACAGCAUGGCUGUAUAUUACAGCUGAUAAUAGUAUUACAAUCCAUGUGGUGACACAGCAGAGGGUUGAGGAAAUAUGCAAGACUCCCUUAGGAUUCAGGCGCCUUGCCCUUAUCAACUUUAGCUUCGGUUUUAGUUGUUUCUCCUUCUGAGCUACCUUGCUCGGGGAGC